AUGGCCCUGAAUCUUCAAGACGGCUUCGACGCCGCCAAUGGCGUCUCAGACCUGGAAGAGCCCAUCUUUACCAUAGAGAGUGUUCAGUUGCAGUUCUCAGUGGCCGCCGAUUUCGUUGCGGCGCAGGUUGCCAAUAAUGUUAUUGUCCUCGCCCUCUCCAACGGACGAAUCCUCCGUAUCGAUCUGGAACGGCCCGAAGACAUUGAUGAUAUCGACUUGCCCAAGAAACCAUCCGAGAUUGGCAUGAUCCGGCGCAUGUUUCUUGACCCGACAGCUUCGCACCUUAUCGUCUGCACCACCCUCGGCGAAAACUAUUACCUUCAUUCCCAAUCAAAACAUCCUCGACCACUCGGGCGUCUCCGCGGCGUUUCAAUCGAGAGUGUGGCAUGGAACCCCUCAUUACCUACAGCGUCGACACGAGAGAUAUUGAUCGGUGCAUCCGAUGGCAACAUCUACGAGGCUUUCAUCGAGACGUCCAAGGAGUUUUACAAGAAGGAAAUGAAGCAUUUGAAGAACUUGCACAAGUUACCAGAUGGACCGAUCACGGGAUUAUGGGUCGACAAUCUCCAAAACAACAAAUCAGACCUUCGAAGGGUAGUAAUAGCUACGCAAACGCGCCUGUUCCACCUAGUCGGAAGGGUAGGGUAUGGGCACGAUGGCUCGGGAUCGAUAUAUACGAGACUAUUUGAGUCGGAGCAACCUGUUGUUCACGAAUUGUCGCGGACCACCUCCGGGGCUCCUUCAUGCCUGGCGGUGUCUCCUGAUGCUCCCGACUCUGGGCCAUAUGACGACGACAUCCCUGACCGAGCAUAUGCUUGGUUAUCAUACCAGGGCGUGUUUCACGGAAAGUUAUCAAAUACACCUGCAGAUAGCAACCUCGGCACCAAGGUCUUUUCAGAAUCUAAAAUGCUGUCCAGAGCACAGAUUCUUUCCCCCGAGGAGAGCGAGAAGCGGCUCGCAACGACCGAGGCUAUCGAUGCCAUUGCACUCACUCAGUGGCAUAUUGUGCACCUGGUUGGUGGGCGUGUGAUCACGACGAACCGACUCACGGGAAAGAUGGUAUCUGAACACAACGUUAUUGGCCAGGGACAGAAAGCUAUAGGCUUCUCCGUGGAUAUGCAGAAAAACACUUUCUGGCUGUUUACUUCAGAGGAGAUCUUUGAGAUUGUGGUCCGAGACGAGGAGCGCAAUAUUUGGGAAAUCAUGACCAAAUUGCAGCAGUUCGAGCCGGCUCUGCAGCAUGCCCGAACACCCCUGCAAAAGGAAAUAAUUGCAGCUGCGUACGGCGACCAUCUGGCCAGCAAAGGCCACUGGAUCGAGGCUGCUACAGUGUACGGUCGCAGUAACAAGCCGUUUGAGGAUAUUGCUCUGAGCAUUAUUGACAACAACCAACCAGAUGCCUUGAGGAAGUUCUUGCUAACAAAGUUGGCUUCGCUCAAAAAGCCAGCUGUGAUGCAGCGGAUGAUGAUCGCGGGUUGGUUGAUAGAGGUGUUCAUGUCCAAGCUCAACUCGCUUGAUGAUACUAUAAAUACACAGGCAGACCCAUCAGAGAACGUGAAUUCGACUGAAUCACGGAAACUGCUCGAGUCCGUAAGGAAAGAGUUUAGGGAUUUUGUUGACAAGUACAAAGGCGAUCUCGAUCGGAGGAUGGUGUACGAUGUCGUUAGCAGCCAUGGCCGUGAAGGGGAGCUCCUUUACUUUGCAAAUGCUGUCAACGACUAUAACUAUGUUCUCUCUUACUGGGUUCAGCGGGAGAGGUGGAGCGAGGUCCUGAACGUUCUCAAGAAGCAGACGGAUCCUGAAGUAUUUUACCGGUAUAGCAGCGUGCUGAUGACAUACGUUGCGCCAGAGCUGGUUGAGAUCCUGAUGAGACAUUCUGAUCUGAAACCCAGAAAUCUGAUCCCUGCCUUCCUCGAGUACAACCGGACGUUCACAGGUGGUCCGAACGCGCAGAACCAGGCGAUAAGGUAUCUGAACUAUGCGGUCUAUCAACUCAACUCAAAGGAUGCGGCUGUACACAACACUUUGGUAUCGAUCUACGCUUCUCACCCUUCAAAGGAUGAGUCUGGACUUUUGUCAUAUCUGCAAGCUCAAGGAGACGAGCCUCGCUAUGAUCCCGACUUUGCCCUUCGACUAUGCAUCCAGCAUCACCGAACGCUAUCAUGCGUACAUAUAUAUACCAGCAUGGGACAGUAUCUUCAAGCAGUCGACCUGGCUUUGUCUCACGGCGAGGUUGAGCUGGCAGCAGUCAUUGCGGAUCGACCAAUGUCGAACCCGCAACUGCGCAAGCGUUUAUGGCUUGCGGUAGCUCGAAAGGUCAUUUCUCAGUCCAAUGGGAUCAAGACGGCCAUCGAGUUUCUCAAGCGAUGCGACUUACUCAAGAUUGAGGACUUGAUACCUUUCUUUCCUGAUUUUGUUGUCAUUGACGAUUUCAAGGAGGAGAUCUGUGCCGCGCUUGAAGAUUACAGCCGCAACAUUGACAACUUGAAGAAGGAAAUGGAUGAGUCGUCGCAAACCGCUACCAACAUCAAGGUUGAUAUUGCUGCACUCGACCAUCGCUACGCAAUCGUGGAGCCUGGUGAGAAGUGUUAUACUUGUGGACUGCCCCUAUUAAGUCGACAGUUCUUUGUCUUUCCCUGUCAGCACUCGUUCCACUCUGACUGCUUGGGGCGAAAGGUACUGGAGCAGGCGGGCGUCGGAAAGUCAUCGCGUAUCAGGGAACUUCAGAUGCAGAUACAGAAGGGUCUGGUCAGUGGUGCGCAGAGGGAGACGGUUGUGGCAGAACUGGACGCUCUCGUUGCGUCUUCUUGUAUUCUUUGCAGCGAUCUGGCCAUCAAGAGAAUCGAUGAGCCUUUCAUCACACAUAAUGAUAACGUCAACGAAUGGGUGCUAUAA